GCCCUACUGAGGCGGCCGAGCGGCGGGCGCCGCAAAGAUGGCGGUCUUCGCACCUCUGAUUGCCCUGGUGUACUCGGUGCCGCGGCUUUCACGAUGGCUGGCCCGGCCUUACUGCCUGCUGUCGGCUCUGCUGUCUGCCGCCUUCCUACUCGUGAGGAAACUGCCGCCGCUCUGCAACGGUCUCCCCACCCAGCGCGAAGACGGCAACCCGUGUGACUUUGAUUGGAGGGAAGUGGAGAUCCUGAUGUUUCUCAGCGCCAUCGUUAUGAUGAAGAACCGCAGGUCCAUCACAGUGGAGCAGCAUGUGGGCAACAUCUUCAUGUUCAGCAAGGUGGCCAAUGCCAUCCUGUUCUUCCGUCUGGACCUGCGCAUGGGGCUGCUGUACCUGACCCUAUGCAUAGUGUUCCUGAUGACCUGCAAGCCCCCGCUCUACAUGGGCCCCGAGUACAUCAAGUACUUCAGCGACAAGACCAUCCACGAGGAGCUGGGGCGGGACAGGAGGGCCACGUGGCUCGUGGAGUUCUUCGCCAACUGGUCCAGCGACUGCCAGUCGUUCGCCCCCAUCUACGCGGACCUCUCCCUCAAGUACAACUGUGCGGGGCUGAGCUUCGGGAAGGUGGACGUGGGGCGCUACACGGAUGUCAGCACUCGGUACAAAGUGAGCACGUCACCCCUCACCAAGCAGCUCCCUACCCUCAUCCUCUUCCAAGGCGGCAGGGAGGUCAUGCGGCGGCCACAGAUCGACAAGAAAGGGCGCGCGGUGUCCUGGACCUUCUCCGAGGAGAAUGUGAUCCGCGAAUUCAGCUUGAAUGAGCUGUACCAGCGGGCCAAAAAGCUGUCCAGGGCCGGCGAAAGCGUUCCCGAGGAGCAGCCUGCGGCCCCGGAAGAGGAGGACAAGAAAGACAAAUAGGACCGUCCUCUCCUUAGGGCCCUGCUCCCUAGUGACCGCAAACCUUCCGGAGCGAGGCAGCCGCGGACGCCCUGUCAGCUGCGCAGGAGUGGGGCGCCCGGGGACCCCGCGAGGGCGAAGUCCCCUAACCCUCCGCAGGCCCGCCAGGGUCUCCUCGGCCUCCCUCUGGCUGCUCGGAGGGAAAAGUGCAAUCUAGUAAAAUGGAGACCCGGGAGAAGCUAACCCCAGCCGAAUGACACUCUCCCCAGGCCGUGGGGAGCAGGCGGGUGGGGCAAGGCGACACCCCCCACCCCCGCGCAC